CUGUCGGCGCACGGACCACAGCCUGCAGGAGCAACUCGUGCCCUUUUUUGCGUGUCUUCUAAAAAUUUAAUAUCGGGCACUUUUCUACUGCUGCUCCAUGCAUGUCCUUAAAUGCUCAUAGACACACUUCUGUAUUUCUAUAUGCAGGUCCGUCUGUCGUACGUGCGGAUCAAGUAUCUCUUCAUCUCCUGGCUGGUGGUGUUUGUUGGCAGCUGGAUUAUGUAUGUUCAGUACUCCACCUACACAGAACUCUGCAGAGGCCAUGACUGCAGGAAAAUAAUAUGUGACAAAUACAAGACUGGUGUUAUUGAUGGAUCAGCAUGUAGCAGUCUUUGUGCUAAAGAAACAUUGUAUUUUGGAAAAUGUUUGUCAACAAAGCCCAAUAACCAGAUCUAUUUAGGAAUCUGGGGAAAUCUGCAAAGUGUUAUAAAAUGCCAGAUGGAGGAAGCUGCUCAACUUGAUUUUGGUACUGACCCAGAACCAAGGAAGGAAAUAGUCCUAUUUGAUAAACCAACAAGAGGAACCACUGUUGAGAAAUUCAAAGAAAUGGUAUAUGGUCUUUUUAAAGCAAAACUGGGUGAACAAGGGAAUCUUUCAGAACUGGUUAAUCUCAUCCUGUCUUUCGCGGAUGGAAACAAAGAUGGAAGAGUCUCUUUGCCAGAGGCAAAAUCUGCAUGGGCACUCCUGCAGCUGGAAGAGUUUCUGUUAAUGGUCAUCUUGCAGGAUAAAGAACAUACUCCCAAGCUGAUGGGUUUUUGUGGGGAUCUCUAUGUGACCGAAAGAGUUGAAUAUACCUCUCUCUAUGGAAUCAGCCUUCCAUGGAUCAUAGAACUUCUCAUUCCCUCUGGCUUCAGAAGAAGCAUGGACCAGUGGUUCACUCCAUCAUGGCCAAGAAAGGCAAAAAUAGCUAUAGGGCUUUUAGAAUUUGUGGAAGAUAUUUUCCACGGACCUUACGGAAACUUUCUUAUGUGUGAUACAAGUGCCAAAAACUUGGGAUAUAAUGAUAAAUAUGAUUUGAAAAUGAUGGACAUGAGAAAAAUAGUGCCAGAAAUUAAUUUGAAGGAAAUAAUUAAAGAUCGUCAGUGCGACUCAGAUUUGGACUGCGUUUAUGGUACAGACUGUAGAACAUUAUGUGACCAAAGCAAAAUGAGAUGUACCACUGAAGUAAUUCAGCCAAACUUAGCAAAAGCUUGUCAGCUCCUUAAAGACUAUCUGCUUCGUGGUGCUCCUUCUGAUAUCCAUGAAGAACUAGAGAAACAACUGUACUUGUGCAUUGCCCUUAAAGUCACAGCAAAUCAGAUGGAAAUGGAGCAUUCUUUAAUACUCAAUAACUUAAAAACUUUACUGUGGAAGAAAAUUUCUCAUACAAAUGAUUCGUAGCUUCUUCACCAGCAGAAGAGAAUAUUGAUGCCUGCCACUAGAGGUGGCCCAAGACAUUUGAUAAAAACAAUCUGCACCUUUUUAAAAAGAUAUUUCUUUACUCAGAUUUUAUUAAUGGUUCUUUCAGUCCUGCCCUUCAGUCAGUAACUCAUGACAGGGCUUGUCUAAGAAUGAACACGCCACUGAAUGACCCGGCAGAGGCCAGAAGGCUGCCUGCUGUUCAGUGCUGUGUUACAGAAACAAGAACUCUGCAUGCUUGACUGUUCUGUGCACUUUGUCAGAUCUUGAACAGGAUGAAAGUGUUCACUGUGCCACCACAUCAGCUGAGGCAACAUCUUCCAUUUCUGUGAAAAACAUUGCCCACUUGUGAAAUACCUGCAGAGGAUUUCUUUCCUAAGUAGUUUUAUGAAGAAUCACCACUACUGCAAGUAAUGUGUCCAAGUCCAAGCUGCUGUUAUGAAUAAACUGAACUGUGAGAUUGAAGUUUACUAAUACCUUGGCAUGGCAGAAUUUGCACAUUAAAUAAUUUUUAACUAUGGAAAAUUAGAAUUUUAUUCUAGAAUGGAUAGGUUGUAAUAUGAGACAAAUCAGAUUCUGUUUACACAUUGUUACCUCAUGCUUACAUCUUGAAUGUUUAAGUAAUUCAACAUUUUUAAUUAAGUCAUUGUAUGGUGAGCCCUGUGGGAGCCAACAGUUUUUAGAGUACUAUUUCUUAAAGUCAUUUAUAUGGUUUAGCAGCAAUACCAGCCUCUGUUUGAAAACUUCAGUGGAAACCUCUAACCCAAAUUAAGCUGUAGCAAACAGUGAAAAGCAAGGACUUUGUGGACUAAGCUAUAGUAUGAAAACUGAAUUUUUAAAAAUACUGAAUAGCAGACAUGUCCAACUAGUUAAAAAAGAAAGUUUACAUAGUGCAGGAAUCUGCUGUAUGACAUGAGAAACAAUCAAUAGUUGUGGAUAGUCUUGCCUCUUAAUGCUCCCUCCACAUUUAGCUACAGACCUGUACUUCAGUCUUCUUAACUACUGCAGGAAAUAUGUAAGCAAGAGCUAGACCUGAAUUUUAGGACAGAAGCUGGAUUGUUCAGGAUUGUGCAAUAUUGCUCAAAUGGGAGCCUAUGAGCUAUUUUCCAGCUCAUUCCUAGCUGUUACUGAGUGAGCUGCAGUGUGAUUCUAUUCCUUUUUUCUAGUAGCAUCUAUGAGUCACUGUUAAGGCUCAAGUCACGAGUAAAUAAACAUCACCUGAUCCUGGCACGCCACAAAGCAUGACCACUCUACCACCUUAAAUCUUCACCCUUGUAUUUUUCAGAUUUACAUCUGUAUUCAUAAUUAUGCAGAAUUGGAUGUCCAUAAUACACCUGAAUAUAGGCCAAUACUUACCUAUUGUAUGUUUAAUUUUUAAAUGCUUUAGGUAUAAAGUUGUUCAAUCUUUAUGAUUUUAAUGGCAGUCAUCUGUACACUUCUGAAUCCCGGACCCUUAAUUCAUUUUCAGCAGAGGUAAGAACAAGUUUUAAGUAUUUGAAAGGUUAACUGCUGUAGGGAUCCUGUCUUAAAUGCAUUCCUAGAAUGAUGAUACUGAAGUACAGGACCACAAUAAAGUAAUUUGUCCAUACCAGAUGUAAUAAUAUGCAGCUUGGGUUAAGAUUGUUUUGUGAACAUCAGUCUUUUAAUUUAAGAAAUACUGUGCUCAUGCUAAUUAUUGUCUUGAACUUGCUAACGUGCUCCAACUAUGAACUAAAAAGUAUUCAUAACCAGCAAUGCACUUAAAGUGUAAAGUGGUCAUGUUCUUGUGGAGAAAUCUGACAGUGACUGCUACUUGGGCAGAUAUUUAAAAUACCCAACAUCAUUGGGUAUCUUAACUGGAGAAUAUGUUUAAUAGUGCAGUUUGUUGUACACAAUCUUCAUCUUUAUUACUGUUGCAUAAAGUUGAAGCUUUCAUUGGGAAAAAAAAAACACACUUUUGUUUACAAUAAAUCACAGGCCUCUUUUUUUUCAAUAGCAGUAUUUACACCAACUACCAGUACCUUACAGCAAAACAUUCCUCCAUAUAGCCUGCUUUACUGGUGUUUAAAAUGUGCAAACAGUUUGUCUGAGUCUAGUGUAAACCUACUGGCACAUAGAAGUGCCUGUGAAACAGAGGAGGCAAAGGAGCAGGGCAGGACAAAACUGGUGGGGAACACUUCUCUUCCAGGUGGCUCAGCCCGCAGAGGGAAACACAGACUGGGCUCUGGGAGGGAGCCACCCUUUAGGAUAAGGAGAUGAAAGCUGCUGAGUGGU